CUCAGUCGCAAAUUAUUAUUUAGCCAUGUUACUUAAUUUAUUAAUUUUUUCAGUUAGUGUAAGUAUACAAUGGGUGAGUUGUCAUCCUAACCCCCAUAUUGUUAUUGUUGGUAGUGGAGCAGCUGGCGUUGCAGCUGCUACAAGACUGUUAAAGAAUAAUUUCACGAAUAUAACGAUAUUGGAAGCUGAAAGUCGCAUUGGUGGUAGAAUCCAUAGUGUAAAAUUUGGCGAGGCUUACGUUGACUUGGGAGCUAACUUUUGCCAUGGUGAGAAAAAUAACAUAGUUUAUUCCCUUACAAAAGAUCUGGGAGUGCUGAAAAACUUUCCCACAGAAUAUCGAUUUCUCAGAUCCAAUGGAGAAAUUUUAGACAAAGCAACAGCGAGUAAAGUAAUAAAGUUUGAAGAAUCAGUCGCAUUUCUGGAAAAACAUGAAAAAUGUAAAAAUCUGAGUUCUGUUGGAGAAUGUUUGAAGAUCAAGUCCGGGGAUUUUAUAAAGUCAGCAGAAAAUCCCAAAGAAACCGAAAUAUUUUCAGAGGCGUACGAUUGGGUAGAGAGCAGCGUAUGUUCCUUAAACGCUGCAUUCGAUUUAAACGAUUUAAAUAUAACCUCUGCUUUCCAAGACAGCGAAGGUGAUCAAAACCUGAAAUGGAAAGGACAUGGUUAUAAAACGAUACUCGAUAUCAUGAUGGAAAAAUUUCCAAAUGCAGAAAAUCCAUUGCCAAUAGAUGAAAAAAUCUUUUUAGAUAAGGAAGUUACGAAUAUAACUAACUGGCGAGAAGAUACAGCAACUGUUUUAACAAAUGACGGUGACAAAUACGAAGCUGACCACGUCAUCUUUACUCCCUCUCUGGGGGUGUUAAAAGCAAGCCAUAAAAACUUGUUUGAACCUGAUUUACCUGAGGAUAAGGUGAAGGCUAUUAACGGUAUAGGAUUUGGAGCAAUUGUGACAAUAAUCAUGCAUUUUCCUGUGAAAUGGUGGGAUGGUCCAGCUGAUUUUCCCGUGAUGUGGACUACGGAACAUAAAGAAAAACUUAAAGAGGAAAAUCUUGAAUGGUUGAGUACCAUGACUGGUACAGUACAAGCAGAGAACAACACCCAUGUUAUUCUGUCAUGGUAUGGGGGAAAAUAUGUUCCUCACAUAGAAACUCUCUCGGAAGAAGAAGUACGCAAAGGACUAAUUCAUCUCUUAAAUUUAUUUUUUUCGCCAAGAUUUAAUGUUACUAUGCCGGACAAAAUCAUUAGUCAGAUCGUUCUUUGCUACAAUCAGAUAUCUUCAUUCUUAUUGGAGCUGCCUUCCUCUGGGUUUGCAGCAAGAACCGAGCAGCUCUUCGAGCUCCCAACUUUGGCUAGCAGAAUAUGUUAAAAUGAAGCUGCCUGGUUAUUGCAGCAAUCUCUUCAAUUAUUCCCAUGUCAAUUUACUUGCUGAUUUAAAAGCUGAAAAACAGGAUUGGUUUAACUACCUAAGAAUAGACGAGGAAACUUACUACAACUAUUGAAAUUGAUUUCUUCGAAAAACUGCUACAGUAUGAAGUAUGAUGCGCGUCAUGUAUGUACCAAUGGACUUUCUACCGACGGAACCGACGACCUCUUGUCUUGCGGUUGAUGAGAUAAGUGUCGUCUUAAAGUUGCUAAACUGAUCAGUUUUGAGGCAUAUGCUCGUGGGUGCUCCGCACUCACUGUUAUCCUCUCGUAGAUGCUAGAGCACCCGAGCACCAACGCAGUCGGCGACCCUGAAUAAACAUAUACUUUUAUUUCUUUUAUGAGCUUUUACUUAACUUCCAACGUUUGUAUGUUAGUUGUCCAUUUCAUCAAGCUUUUAUAAAAUCGUUUUUAAAUUAAUUAAUUUUAGAAUUUACUUUGGAGGGCUCGAAUAAUUCUUAGAUAGUAUUACCUAAUAAUCAUUUUAGAUUAAU